AGGGGGCCGGGGCCCUACGGUCCUUUCCCACCCAGAAGCCCGCAGGCUGCACGGAACGCUGUCUGUAUCAUGGCCGCGGGAGCCGGGACAGGGGGCCCCGCUUCCGGCCCGGACGUUCUGCGUGAUCCGGCGGCGUCACAGUCGAGGAAGCGGUCCGGUCGGGGGGGCGGGGAGGCUGCGCGGCGAACGGACGCGAUGGCGGGAGGAGGCGGGAGCAGCGACGGCACCGGGCGGGCGGCAAGCCGGCGGGCGUCCCGCAGCAGCGGGCGGGCUCGGCGGGGGCGGCACGAUCCGGGGGUGGGGGGCGCGGGGGAGGCACGGCUGGAGGAGGCGGUGAACCGCUGGGUGCUCAAGUUCUACUUCUACGAGGCGCUGCGGGCCUUUCGAAGUAGCCGGUACGGGGACUUCAAGCAGAUCCGGGACAUCAUGCAGGCUUUGCUUGUCAGGCCCUUGGGAAAGGAGCACACCGUGUCCCGGCUGCUGCGGGUUAUGCAGUGUCUGUCGCGUAUUGAAGAAGGGGAAAAUUUAGACUGUUCCUUUGAUAUGGAGGCUGAGCUCACACCCCUGGAAUCAGCUAUCAAUGUGCUGGAGAUGAUUAAAACGGAAUUUACACUGACAGAGGCAGUGGUGGAAUCCAGUAGAAAACUGGUCAAGGAGGCUGCUGUCAUUAUUUGUAUUAAAAAUAAAGAAUUUGAAAAGGCUUCAAAAAUUUUGAAAAAACAUAUGUCCAAGGACCCUACAACUCAGAAACUGAGAAAUGACCUCCUGAACAUCAUCCGUGAAAAGAACUUGGCCCACCCUGUUAUCCAGAACUUUUCCUAUGAGACCUUCCAGCAGAAGAUGCUGCGCUUCCUGGAGAGUCACCUGGAUGAUGCAGAACCCUACCUCCUCACGAUGGCCAAAAAGGCUUUGAAAUCUGAGUCUUCUGCUUCAAGUACAGUGAAGGAAGAUAAACAGCCAGCACCAGAGCCUGUGGAAAAGCCACCCAGAGAACCUCCGAGGCAGCUACAGAAUACUCCAACCACCUUUGGAAUUACGACUCUGAAAGCAGCUUUCAAGACUCUGUGUGGUUCACAAGAUUCUGAGGCAAUCUUCUCAAAACUGGACCAGAAAGAUCUGGUACUUCCUAGUAAAGCAUCCCUAUCAUCGCCAGCCCUCAAACACAAGAGACCGAGGAAGGAUGAAAACGAAGGUUCAGCUCCUGCCGAGGGAGAGAGUGGCUCUGAACUGCAGCCCAAGAACAAGCACAUGACAAUAAGCAGAUUGGUUUUGGAGGAGGAUAGUCAGAGUACUGAGCUGAGCCCAAGCCUCAACUCCUCUCAGGAAAUCAUUCCAGCGUCACCAUCCACGCCUGCCAUUCUCAACCAACCCCUUCCCAGGGAGAAGAAUCCCAAAUUACCCAAAGGCAAGUGGAACAGUUCUAAUGGGGUUGAAGAAAAAGAGACUUGGGUAGAAGAGGACGAACUGUUUGAUGUUCAGGCUGCACCAGAUGAAGAGAGUACAACCAGUAUAACAAAAAAGCAGAAGUGGACUGUAGAAGAGAGCGAGUGGAUCAAGGCUGGAGUGCAAAAAUUUGGGGAAGGAAACUGGGCUGCAAUUUCUAAAAAUUACCCAUUUGUUAAUCGAACAGCUGUGAUGAUUAAGGAUCGCUGGCGGACCAUGAAAAGACUUGGCAUGAACUGAAACAGAUUUCAUUUCCACAGAAUUCACAGGAGCAUGGUUCCUAAUAAUAGCCCCGAUAGUCUGCUUUCUUUCAGAAGUUGGGCUGGGAUGAAAAUUUUGGGCAUCCUCCUCUGACGUGGGGGAGUUCCCAGUUCCACUUCAUCGCUGUUGGAGAUCAUGGAGCUGCAAGCCAAGUAUACCCCAUGUCCUUGGCAGAGACGACAGGCAGACAGCUUGUACAGUGCCAGAAUAUCAUUAGUAUUUCCUUUC